AUGACAAAGGAAUGGGCAGGCUAUCCCUCCACUGUGGCGCCAAGCUUGCAGUUGAAAGAUGACGAGAAAGAGAUUCUCAAGCGCCAAAUCCACACUCCGGAAGAGUCGCAGAUCAGUCGCUUAGGGCUUAUGUAUUCAUGUACAACAACCUAUGAACUAUUUGUCCUGGUCAUCAGCUCAAUUGCAGCGAUAAUUGGAGGGGCACUUCAACCCAUAUCUUUUCUCUUUCUAGGGGGCUUGGCCCAAGGAUUCAAGGAGUUCUUCUUGGGAUCAUUUUCCGGCUCUCAACUCUCAUCCCUGGUUGCAAAGUUCGCCCUGUAUUAUGUAUACGUUGCUAUCGGGCAGUUUGUCUCGGUAUAUAUCUCUACAGCCGGGUUCAUGAUCGGAGGAGAAAAUAUAACCCAACGGCUCCGAGAGAAAUAUCUCGCCGCUAUCCUACGACAAAAUAUAGCAUUUUUCGAUGUUCUAGGCGCCGGAGAAAUAACAACCAGAAUCACGGCCGAUAUGAAUCUGAUCCAAGAUUCCUUGACGGGCAAGCUUUCUCUGACCCUGUACUCGUGUUCCAAUUUCGGAACGGCUUUCAUCAUCAGCUUCGUCAAAAGCUGGCGCAUGGCUCUCAUCCUGAUAUCUGCAAUCGUGGCAGAAACCGGAUCGAUGAGUAUAUGCUCUUCAUUUAUGGUCAAGUAUACCCAUAUGUCUUUGUCGGCAUAUGCAGACGGAUCGACAGCCGCCGAGGAGGCUAUCAGUUCAAUCCGACACGUUACUGCAUUUGGGAUCCAAGAUAAGCUGGCCGAUCGGUACCAGAAAUUUCUUGCCAAGGCAGAGGCAUAUGGCCUUAAAAGUCGCAUUGCGCUUGCGGCCAUGAUGGCUAUCAUGAACGGUGUCAUAUUCUGGACUUAUGGACUGACAUUUUGGCAAGGGUCUCGUUAUCUUGUUGUUGGCGAUGUCGAAUUGGGAGCUCUGGUAACCAUUCUUCUUGCUGUCCUGACUGGAGCCUUCACUUUUGGUAACAUAGCACCCAAUUUCCAAGCCUUUGCAACCGGUAUCGCAGCAACAGGGAAGAUUCUUGCAACCGUGUCUAGGAACUCACCGAUAGAUCCAUCGUCUUCCACAGGGAGCAAGCUACAAGCUGUGUCUGGGACGAUAGAACUGAAGAACAUUCGCCAUGUUUACCCUUCUAGACCAGAUGUUCUGACUUUAGAUGGGGUAAGUCUUCUAUUUCCAGCUGGAAAGACGACCGCCAUUGUCGGUGCUUCUGGCUGUGGAAAGAGUACAUUGGCAGGUCUGAUUGAAAGGUUUUACGAACCAAUAAGUGGCGAAAUAUUGCUCGAUGGCCACGAUAUCACGUCUCUAAACUUGCAAUGGUUACGCCAACAAAUAGCAAUCGUCACACAACAGCCCACACUCUUCGCCACAACAGUAUUCGAAAAUAUUAGAUUUGGUCUGAUAGGCACUGAACACGAAAACUCGCCUUAUAUUGAGGUAGAAACCCUUAUUUUUGACGCCGCAAAGAAAGCGAACUGUUUUGAUUUCAUUUCCGCCUUGCCGGGCGGAUUCCACACCAGUGUUGGUGAGAAGGGCUCAUUACUUUCGGGUGGACAAAAACAGCGAAUUGCCAUUGCACGGGCUAUUAUUAGCAAUCCAAAGGUCUUGCUGCUGGAUGAGGCUACCUCGGCUCUAGAUGCUCAGGCCGAGCGGCUGGUACAGGCGGCGCUUGAUGUUGCCGCUGAAGGCCGGACAACGAUUACAAUCAGUCACCGAUUAUCCACUAUCACAGCGGCAGGAAAUAUUGUCGUCAUGUCUCAUGGACGCGUCGUUGAGCAAGGAACCCACAACGACCUACUUGAGAAACGAUCGAUGUAUUACGAGUUAGUGGAGAAACAGCGGAUGACAACGGAGAGGAGUAUCAUUAUAAGUGAGACAAAGUCUGCUCUGGAGGCAGAUGAGCUCCCUGACUUGAAAGAUGAUCUCGAUGAGUCCAAGUACACGUACGAGAUGGGGCAGCACCGAGGCUCCAAAGACAGCGAGAGAUAUUCCAAGGGGAAGACUGACCGCGAAUAUUCCUUAUGGGAGUUGAUCAAGUUCAUCGCCAACUUCAAUAAGGAAGAAACGCUUACCAUGGUGUGGGGUCUAUUUUUUUCAAUCAUCACAGGUGCUGGAAAUCCUACCCAGGCUGUAUUCUAUGGCAAGACAAUCGCAGCACUGUCGUUACCACCUGAUAUGUAUGGCAAGUUACGGCAUGAUGUCAACUUCUGGAGUUUGAUGUAUCUGAUGUUGGGAGGUACUGCAUUCCUAGGCUGGGGAGCAUCGGGUCUCUGUUUCGCGUACUGCUCUGAGCGCCUCAUUCAUCGUGCCAGAGAUCAUUCUUUCAGAGCAAUGCUCCAUCAGGAUAUCUUCAUGUUCGACAACCCUGCUUUCUCAGCCGGUUCCCUUACAUCCUCGUUGUCCACGGAUGCGACCAACCUUGCCGGAAUGAGUGGUGUGACACUAGGCUCCAUCUUCAUUGUUUCAACAACUUUGGUUGCUGGCAUAGCUGUAUCGAUUGCGAUAGGCUGGAAGCUGGGACUCGUUUGUACCGCAACGAUUCCAAUUGUUCUUACUUGUGGUCUCGUCCGACUCAAAAUUCUCGGGGAUAUGGCUCGACAGUCAAAGGCGGCUUAUGCAGCUUCAGCUAAUUAUGCCUGUGAGGCAAGUUCUGCCAUCAAGACGGUCGCAUCGCUAAAUCUCGAAAGCCAUGUACAACAAGAGUAUCACAGCAUAUUGGAAGCGCAGCGACAAAAGUCGGUCGUUUCAACGCUCAAGUCAUCAACGUUCUAUUCAGCCUCACAGUCAGCCAAUUUUCUCUGCAUUGCGCUAGCUUUCUGGUAUGGCGGAAGUCUAAUCAUCCACGAAGGCUAUUCUAUGGUGCAGUUCUUCAUCGCUUAUGCAGCUGUUAUCGUAGGCUCAUUCAGUGCCGGAGCUAUUUUCUCUUUCGCGCCAGAUAUUAGCAAAUCCCGCCAGGCAGCCCAGGAUAUCAAAACGUUGUUGGACCGACCUGUCAACAUUGAUGCUCGUCAAGAAUCUGGCGAGCUGUUAACGAAAAUGGAUGGUGGCUUGGAGAUGCAAAAUAUUUAUUUUCGAUACCCUAACAGACCAGAAAGGGUGGUUAUCAACAAUCUGAGCUUGAGUGUUCAGCCGGGACAAUAUAUCGGCCUUGUAGGAGCGAGUGGAUGUGGCAAAAGCACGAUCAUUGCUUUGCUGGAGCGGUUCUUUGACCCUGAAGCGGGAAAGAUAUUGGUUGAUGGGAAAGACAUUUCGAACUUGAAUGUCAAGAGCUACAGGAGUCACCUUGCUCUAGUUAGUCAAGAGCCGACACUGUACCAAGGAACAAUUAGGGAGAAUAUCACCCUAGGUACCAACGAUGAGGAUGUUUCCGAGGAGAAAAUCACCAAAGCAUGCAAAGAUGCCAAUAUCUACGACUUCAUCCAAUCUCUGCCUGACGGCAUCUCGACAGUGAUAGGGGCGAGGGGUGGUAUGCUCUCUGGCGGGCAGCAACAACGAAUAGCCAUUGCGCGAGCGCUUCUUCGAGAUCCGCGUAUCCUCCUUCUAGACGAGGCAACUUCUGCGCUCGAUUCGGAGUCUGAAAAGGUUGUUCAGGACGCUCUGAAUGCGGCGGCUCAUGGCCGGACGACAGUCGCCGUUGCACAUCGGAUAAGCACAGUGCAGAAGGCCGAUUGCAUUUAUGUGUUGCAUGAGGGCAAAGUUGUGGAACAGGGGACGCAUCAAGAGUUGAUGGAGCUGGGGGGGAGGUAUUUUGAGUUGGUGAAGUUGCAGAGCUUGGAGAGGUAG